AAUUUCAAAUAAAAUAUUAUGUCCGAUGAAGAAAUUGAAAUUUUUCCAACAUUUCCAAUGCUAAAUGAAAAUCAAAUGAAUAUUGACAACAGCGAUUCUGAAAAUGAAGGUGAUAGUCAUGGUGAUAAUGAAGGUCAUAGUGACUCCUCUGAAGAAGUUAUGAAAGAUGACAGCAAUAUUCCUCCUCGUAGCGUUGCUUGGACAUAUUUUAAGCGAGAUCAACAAAAUAUUAAAAAAUCUAUUUGCAACAUUUGUGCUCAAGUUCUCAGUUUACCGACAGGAACAACUUCACCAAUGUUCAAUCACCUUCGUGCUAAACAUAAAGAUGUUUAUAAAAUAUGUAUUGAAGAACGGAAUAAAAAGCGCAAGAGUUCUGAUUGUAAUCAAGACCAAGAAGGAAAAUCAAAAGAAGAAAAGAAAGCACAAUGACAGGAACAGACAAACAGGAAAUUGAUCAACUCAUUAUGGAAAUGAUAGCCAUCGAUUUGAAACCAUUUUCCUGCGUAGAAGAUCGAGGUUUUAAAAACUUAUUGAAAAAGUUAGCUCCCGAUUAUGAGCCACCAUGUAGGACCACCUUUUCACGCAGUCUUGCUCCAAUUUUAUACCAUAGAACAAAACAAAGGUUAAUUAAUGACUUGAAACAAGAUUUAGAAUUAGGUAUAAUGAGCCUAUCAUUUACUACCGAUUGUUGGAAAUCGAGAGCAAAUGAUUGUUACAUAUCUUUGACUCUACAUUACUUGACUGUUGACUAUGUUUCUAAAAAUCUAAUGUUAAAUAUUGAGCAGUUAUUGGAUCGUCAUACUGGCAACAAUCUUAAAAUACACUUGAAGAAAAUGAUGGACGGGUGGGAUUUAUCAGAUAUUGAG